AUGGGGAGGAAUGUGUCGGGUCAGAGACAGGCGAGAGAGGUGACGUUGUUGAAUGGGCAGAGGAGGAUAUCGCAGUUGGCGGGGGCGCUGUCGUUGGGGGGGCAGCACGUGCAGGCCGCGCAGAGGUUUUUUAUGUUGGCGGUGCAGCACAAUUUUACGCAGGGGAGGAGGUUGCAGAACGUGACGGCGGCGUGCUUGUAUAUAGUUUGUCGGAGGUUUAAGACGCCGCACAUGUUGAUAGAUUUUUCGGACGUGUUGCAGACUAGCGUGUAUGUAUUAGGAAGCACGUUUUUGAAGUUGUGCAGGGCGUUGAGCAUUAGUCCGCCGCUGAUCGAUCCGAGUUUGUACAUACACCGUUUUGCGGCUCAGUUGGAGUUCGAGGAGAAGGAGCAGGAGGUGGUCGGCACGGCGCUGAGGCUCGUCCAGAGGAUGAAGAGGGACUGGAUACAAAUAGGGAGGCGGCCCGCUGGAAUAUGCGGGGCGGCGCUGCUGAUAUCGGCUCGUUUGCACGGGUUCAGAAGGACACAAAAAGAGGUGAUUCAAGUUGUCAAAAUUUGCGACGUGACGCUACGAAAGAGGCUCUACGAGUUCGAUAAGACUCCGUCGAGUUCUAUGACGUUCGAGGAGUUCAAGGAUAGCGAGGAGCUGUGCGAGUUGGGGGCUGAGUGCGACCCGCCUUCGUUUCUUCGCGCCGUGGAAGACGAGCGCGCGUCAAAAAAGCGUCCCAGCCCGAAGGGCCGUUCCGCCGCGAAUUCGGUCAUCGAGCGUCUGGACCGCGACCUGGACCUCCACUUCGAGUCCUCCGCGCAGGCUGGAGACGCGGACGACGAGUCGGGCGCCGUCGACGUCGAGGAACAAAUGAGCGCCGCCCUAAGGAACCCCCAAGCGCUCGGGGACGCUUCCACCGUUGCCGCCUACCCCGCUCCCCCGCCUAGGGCUGAAUUCGAGCAGCCCCAGAGCCAGUCUAGCAGCGACGAAGAAAUGAACGAGGAAGAGGUAAAAAUGUACAUAUUUUCUCCAGAAGAAAUCGCCGCCAAAAGCGCCAUCUGGGAAGAACUCAACCGCGAAUACCUGGAAAAACAGCGCACCUCUCCUCAAAGGUCGGCCAAACGAUCUAAGAAGCCCGGACAAGACGCUCAUCCCGCCCGGUCCACUAUGAUCAAUUGGGCCGCCGUCACGCUUCAAAACCUCAUUCAAUCUAAGCCAACACCUCCUCAGGAACCCACGGACAACCGCGUCGCGUCAGAGGAAGAAGAGGAACUCGCCGACCUCGACUACAAUCAUCAUCUCGAAGAAUAA